CAACAUCAUCACUAUAACAUCACCCUCAUCAUUUUUCCUCUUUCUUUUUCAUAUCAUCAUCAUCAUCUUCAUCUCUUUUAAUUGUGUAUUUUUUUUCAUCUUCCUCAUCUUCUUUUGUUAUGGAAUAUAUUUAACCAUCCUCGAAAUGUUCACCUUAAUUAUAAUUGAAUUAAAUCCAGUCCAUUUGAAAAUAUUUCCACUUGAACCUUUGGGUUACUACUUUUCGUAACAACAACAACAUCAACAACAACAGAAACCUAAAUGUACUCAUCACCCUUAGAAUUAGUUAAAUUACUCAUCAUCAUCUCCCCUCUCAUCAUCUUAGCCUCAAUAUCAUCGCCAGUUCAUCAAUUAUUACAAGAUAAUUAACGUUUUCCACUAAAAUCAGGGAGGGUGGAUUAUGGAGCCAUCCUUUCCUGAUAUAAGUCAUCUCACUGAAGAAGAGAGGAAGAUUAUCGAGUCCGUGAUUAAUAGACAGAGAGAGGAAGAAGCUAAAGAAGCUGAAGUUCUUAAAAAACAGCAAGAUGAAGUUACGAUACUUGAAUGUGCGAUUCGUAAACGAAACGAGGAACAACUUAAACUGGGCUUCGCACUGGAUGCGACCUGUCAGAUUUGCCUUAAAACAAAAUUCGCCGACGGAAUUGGUCAUACUUGUGUCUAUUGUGGUGUCCGAUGUUGUGCUCGAUGUGGUGGCAAAGUCGCUCUCAGAUCGAGCAAGGCUCUCUGGGUAUGUAUUCUAUGCAGAAAGAGACAGGAAAUUCUGAUCAAAACUGGAGAUUGGAUUCACAGUAAAAUGGCCAUAAGAUUAAGGCAACUCGAGUGCGAAAUGGGAACACCAGACGGAUCUUACAUUGAUUACCAUAAUGUGCCAUAUCCAGAAAGUCGACGAGGAUCACUUGGUUUACCCGUUCGACCUUCGAUGUUUCGUGAUUUACGUCGACAAUACUCUCAUGAUGCAGCUACAAGUAAAGAGAACCGUCCUGACAGUCGUUACGUUUAUGGCGAUGAAGGUGCUUUUGGUGAGGCUGUUGGAGGCAUUGGAGUUCCUGUGAUCGGGGCUGUUGGUGGAGCUGUUGGAGGUGCCGAUCCUUUCGGUCGAUCGUUAUACCAAAGAAUCACCGGUAAUGGAGGAGAUACAACAGAACGAGUUUUACCUCAAAUUCCAACGGUUCCUAAGCAAACUCAACGAUCCAUCAGUGGAUUUAACGCUUUCUCAGCGUUCACUUCGCGACUAAUACCAGAUCUUUCCAAAUUUCGUUCUCAACCCUCAACAGAACAUCCCCUUGAACAACAACAACCACCACAUCGCCAUCAAUUACCUCAACAGCCUCAACCAUCUCGUCAUUAUCUUUCUAGUGAUAACUCAAUCCUUCCCGGUACAUCAGGUCAACAAUCUUUAUCGACAGAUCCAUCUAGUUUGAACCAUUCUGUCCCUUCUAGAAGACUAUCAGCCCAAAUGAUGCCAUCAAAUUUGGAAGGAGCUGAACGUCUCUCUCGAACUGGAAUGGGAUCUUCUUUCGAUGACCAUCACUUUCAUCCUUCAACAAAUGACCCUUGGAAUCUUCCCAAUAAUCCAAUGGUGGGUGAAGCUGCUUCACAUGGAAGUAUCACCGGUGGUGGAGUUCGAACUAGUGGAGAAAGUGAUGGUUCUGUGGGCAGUGGUUACCAACGACACCAUAAACAACUUCCAGCUGUUCCUUUCCCUGGUAAACCCGGUAUAAUGAGUUCGACAGCCAAUGUAGCCACAGGAUCGGGAGUAACAACAGUGCCUAAUAAUCCUGGAUCAUCAGAACCGCCUCGAGUGUUUCUAUCAUCGAAUCUUUACUCAUCAGACACAAACCUUGUCCAAGGACGAGUAGAAGCAGGCGGGGGACACCCUCACAUGCCAUCGAUGCUUCAUCAUCACUCUUUGCCCCCUCAUCUUUAUUCAUCUUCAUCCACUUCUCACAUCCAUCAUCUUGAUCGACACCAGUUACACUCAUCGGCUCCAUAUCUUCCUCAUGUUCCUCAAUCGUCAACUGGUGUUACCGGUGCAGCAUCGAGUUUGGGUCCUCAUGCACUUCCUUCUCGUCGUCAUCCACCACCUCUCUUACGAGGAUCAUCUCUAACUUAUCCCAUCCAAGGUGGAGAAAGUGACCUAAUUGAAAGAAACUUAUCUCUUGGUGGUGUCCACAAUCAACACCACAGAAAUGCUUUUGAAACUCUACGAAACGAUUCUCUUUCUUCUGACCAAUCAAGUUCGCCAAUUGGACCAGGAUCAUCUCCCACUCAACAUCAACAUCAUCCUCAUGGUCAUCAUCAUCUCCACCAUUAUCGCCAACAGCCAGAACAACCUCCUACACCGAUCGUUCGAUACACUCAACCUCACCAUCGAACCCGAAGUAAAGGUAAACGACUCCAAUAUCAGUUCUCAUUAAGCUCUUCUGAAGAAGAUUUUCGAAAUACUCCUGAACAUUGGGCCAACCAGAAAAUAGAUUCGGAAAACUUUCAUGAUGAUUUCUCCAAGUGCCAAAGGAAUCUUAAACGUGAAGAAAUCCUUGAUGCGAAGAUAAAGAAGUUUCUUGCUCAUCCGAUCACAUGGAAACCUUCACAUGAUGGUAAGCGACUGAUCGGUCAUAUGAUAUUGAAGAAAAAUCUCUCUGAUGAAUCUGGUUCUGGUUCGAGCGCUGCAAUUUUGGGUCUUAAAGUUAUCGGUGGACGAAUGACCGAAUCCGGAACUGUGGGAGCAAUUAUCGAGAAGAUAAAAAAAGGUUCUAUCGCAGAUACAGUGGGUCGAUUACGUGCCUUCGACGAGGUUCUUGAGUGGAAUGGAAGAUCGCUUCGACAUAAAACGUAUGAAGAAGUUUAUGACAUAAUUGCCGAAUCGAAGCAAGAACCUCAAGUUGAACUUAUUGUUUCAAGACCAAUUCGACGACCCGCUGGACUACCAGCCACUGUUUACCAAAGUGAACCAUCAAUAUUUGAACCAAGAUCACGAAUUUCUCGUCGGUUCACCGAUGUUGAUAUACCAGUAGGAUAUGAUAAACAACAAAUGAUCUUAAGACAAGCAAGUCUUGGUGCUGAUAUUAGUAAGCCUCGAACUCGCAUAAGUCGUUCUUCAACAAUCAGUGGUCGCCUACAAGUUAAAUUGUGGUAUGAUAUUCAAUCAUUACAAUUAAUAGUUACAAUCAUGAGCGCUGUUGAGCUUCCCCCACGAAGUAAUGGUUCACCUCGAAAUGCUUUUUGCAAAAUCGCUCUUCUUCCAGAACGAAGUGAAAGAAGUAAACAAACCCGAGCGAUUCCAGGUACCAAUGAGCCUCGAUGGGAAAAAAGUUUCGUCUACUCGCCUCUUCGAAGGUCUGAUUUGAAGACCAAAGCCCUUGAGAUAAUGAUGUGGGAUCAUGACAGAUACACGAAUAAUGAAUUUCUUGGUGAAGUUAUCAUUGAACUUGCGACAGCUCCACUGGAUGGUGAACCCGAAUGGCAUCUCUUGGAAACGUACGAGGAAACAAUUGCUCAAUUGAGAAUACAACAAAAACUUCAUCUUCUUCCAUCUGAUCGGUUCUCACCACCAUCUCCAUCAAGACUUUCAGACAGUGAUACCUCUGAAUUGGAUUUAUAUGAUUACGAUUCAGAAAUUGAUCUUAACGCUUCCAGAGAAUCAUGGCAUGGACUUUUAGCCGAAACGAGUCAAAGUUCAUUUGGAAGUACCGCAAGUCCACCUUUGGUCCUCGAUGAAACGGGCGCAGUUGCGACAAGUGGGGGAGAAGUGGUUGGUCCUGGUCUCCGAUUAACUGGUAAACCUAUUGACUAUCGAGGAUUCCGAACGGCUUAUGGCCCCUUAUUAAGUACUGCUCAUCCAUUCCAAGCAUCGACCUCCUUACCAUGUAGCUCGGUUCACUUUCUUGAUCGUAUGAAGCCCAAAUUUCGGAAAAGCUCAAGUCAACCUUCGAGAUCAUUGUCCCCACCAUCUCUUCGAGUUGCAUCACCUUCAAUCGAUGAGAACUAUUAUCGCAAUAGCAACAAGCCAAUUCCAACUACCCCAACAGGGUCUCCUUUUCAAGUUAAGAAACGUCGUCUUCCUGUGGUUCCAUUUUUCCGUCGAUCAUCUCGAGACCGUGAUCUGGUUGCUCAGGAAGUGUCUAGCUACACACCGACUCUCGAUCCAACCACACGAUACCCUCUUCAGCCUGAUAUUAGUUUAACUGGACGAUCGAGUAAAUAUAAGAACCUAAUUCAACAACGUCGAUCCACUGAAGCUCUAACACAGGGUGGCAUGUAUUCCGAUAGUGAAAUAAUUAAUCGUCCGCCUUAUGAUAGACUUUUCUAUGCACACCCUCACCGAAGUUCAACACAUUCGAAUCGCGGUCGAAACAGAAGAACAUCUGAAGCCCAACCAUCAGAUGAUCUUUACCAGGGUGGUGAUGGUAAUGGUAAUGGUGACAAAGAACCAAUCGAAAGACGUGAUAGUCGCACCCGACACACCUCAACAAGAACGGAGGUUGAUGGUCAACCUGGAGACAGUUUAAUAGGAACUGGAGUUAAACAUCGUAAGGAAAGAGGAUCAAUCAAAGUUAAGCCCGUGAAUGUUGCGAGUGGUGAUGAAUCAGAAUCAAGUUCAAAAGCCAGUGUCAAUAGUGCCUUUUCCAAUGUGUCACGAACUCGAACAAAUCGAACCCAAGGGGACCACAGAGAUUACCGUGAACAUCGAGAUCAUCGAGACUAUCGUGAAUAUCGAGGAGAUACACGAGAGUAUCGUACAAGUAUAUCAGCUAAAUCUGAACUAAUUCGAGAUCGUGACCGAACGGGUAUCGCUUUACGGGUUUCGCUGGAAGAUGAAGUCAAUCAAGAAAGUAAAAUCGAUGCAAGUUUAUCCGAUUCAGCAAUUCUCCGAGACGAAUCAUCUUCUGAACCUAUUACUAAAUCGAAACAAAGAUCGCAGACAAGUGAUAAGGCCUCAAGUCAAGGAGGGUCAACAGGCACCACAAAGACCGGUAAAUCAUUCCAAUCAGGCAUGAGUGCUUUGUCCAAAGCUAAAAGCAAUAGCACAUCACAAUUGAGUGUUUCUGGCACCAAAAAACGUCUCGGCUUCCGUCGGAAACAAGCGACCUCUUUUAGCGUUCAUAGAUCAGAAGAAGUAGCUCCAGACGAUAUUCGUCACUUAGUAAAACAAGGAAGUAGCAUAUCAUCUGAUGGAGAGGGAAGUUUAAGCGGCGAAAGUUCAGCUACUUGGGUACCUCAAAUGCGUUUUGUUGCUGAAGGAGAAGUUUCAAAUUUCGUCGAAGGGCUUGGACCUGGACAGUUAGUUGGUCGACAAGCUUUAGCUUCACCGAAUCUAGGAGAUGUUCAAUUAAGUAUUUGUGAUAGUAAAGGUAAUCUAGAAGUUGAAGUGAUUCGAGCUCGAGGUUUACAAACUAAACCAGGAUCAAAAAUAUCACCGGCGACUUAUGUUAAGGUUUACAUGGUAAAGGGUAGAAAGUGCAUCGCAAAAGCCAAGACCAGUAUUGCUCGUCGAACAUUGGAUCCACUCUAUCAACAGAAAUUGAUAUUCCAUGAAGAUUAUCGAGGUUGCGUUCUUCAGGUCACUGUUUGGGGAGACUAUGGAAGGAUUGAGAAGAAAGCGUUCAUGGGGGUGGUUCAAAUCGUUCUUGAUGAUCUCGAUCUCUCGAAUAUCGUAAUCGGAUGGUACAAACUGUUCCAUCCAUCUUCUCUAAUCAGUUUGCCAAUUGAAGCAUCACAGCGACAAACAAUGAUGGCCUCAGAUAGUUUCGGCUGAUAAGUGACAAUAGAAAACUAUUGAACCAUAAAAUUUGCUGUAAAUCUCAUGAUUGACUGACGAUAUUAUCGAUAAAAUCUAAAUCGACCCAAAGUGAUUGGACAUUUGAACUCUCAAUUCACUGCCAAAAGAAAACAAAUUUACAUUUAGAUGGGAACGUGUAUCUACUAAUUCUAGUAAAUCGUAAUUGAUUAGCUUUGUGCAAAUAGACAAACUGUUCCUGUUUCAUUGAUUAAAUCUUAAUAAGAUUAUAACGAAGAUUAGAUUGAACAUAGAUGAUUAAUCUGAUUGAAUUAACAACGCUAAAGAAUAUUAAUAAUGGCUAAUCACUGAAUCUCAUCUUUAUCUUUCUCUCUCAAUUGUUAACAUACUGAAAAUGCAUAUAAUUUAUGUGUAUGUGAUUUAUUGGUUGAGUGUCGUCAACAAUUUAAUUUGAUUGAUUUCAUUCAUUUUUUGAUUAUCUUUCUGUAUCUCCUAUUUUCAUGCUAAUCAGGGAUAAAUCAAAAUUCAUUCAACAGAAAAUGAUGUUAUCACCAAUUCCAAUUGUAAUGUUACCAUCUUCACCCAUAUAAUUAUUGUAACAAUCGUUUUUUUAAUUAUUGUAAUCAAAUUUUUAGCAUUGUCAUUUUUUGGUUCCUAUAAUUUUGAAACUCUUAUUGUGCAAUUAGUGCAAAUGUUGAUCAUUUUUUUGCAAGCUCUAAAUCCCGACUUUCAUUUUUUGUAAGCUCAUUUUUUUGGAUAAACUAAUAAAUUCUCGACAUUUAUCAGUAA